GGAUUCCUGCCUAGAAAUCUCCACUGGGCGAACUCCCAUCAGAAUGAAGUUGUUGGUUUGUAUCUUCCUGGCCUCUCUUGCUGCUGCUGCUACUGCACAUCUAUACACAGACCCGACGCUGGAUAACCACUGGGAGCUCUGGAAGAAAACCUAUGGCAAACAAUACAGCCACAAGAAAGAGGAAGGGGAACGGCGCGUGACCUGGGAAAAGAACCUCAAGCUCGUUAUGCUGCAUAACCUCGAGCACUCACUGGGGCUGCAUUCCUAUGAGCUGGGCAUGAACCACCUGGCAGACAUGACCAGCGAGGAAGUGGCUGCUUUGUUAACGGGGGUGAAAAUUCCUCACCGACCUGACCGGAAUUCCACCUACAGGCCACGGCCUGGCAGCAAAGUGCCUGACUCCAUGGACUGGAGGGACAAAGGAUGUGUUACGGAUGUGAAAAAUCAGGGGGCCUGUGGGGCCUGCUGGGCUUUCAGUGCUGUCGGUGCCCUAGAAGCCCAGGUGAAAUUGAAAACUGGAAACCUGGUGUCUCUCAGUGCACAGAACCUAGUCGACUGUUCCACUAUGUACGGGAACUACGGCUGCAAUGGCGGAUUUAUGACCCAAGCCUUCCAGUACAUCAUCGAUAAUAAUGGCAUUGAUUCGGACUCCUCCUAUCCGUACGCAGCUCAGAAUGGAACGUGUCACUAUAACCCUGCCACGCGAGCCGCCACCUGCUCCAAGUUCGUUGAGCUCCCGUAUGCCGAUGAAGCAGCCCUGAAGGAUGCCGUAGCCAAUAUCGGACCCGUGUCUGUCGCCAUAGAUGCGAAACAGCCUUCGUUUUUCCUGUACAGAUCAGGAGUCUACGAUGAUCCACGAUGCACUGAUGACACGAAUCAUGCGGUUCUAGCUAUCGGCUAUGGCACCCUGGAUGGGAAGGACUUUUGGCUUGUGAAAAACAGCUGGGGUGAAUAUUUCGGUGACAAAGGGUACAUUCGAAUGUCCAGGAACAAAGGAAACCACUGCGGGAUUGCCAGCUACGGUUCUUAUCCACAAAUAUAGAGGGACACUCUGCUUCAGAAUACACUCUGGAGAUGUGGUCUCUUAAACUGCUAAUCUUAGCCUUGCUGUAAUCUAGCUGCUCUGUUUGAGAACAAUGUACGGGCUCUAAUGGCAAAAUCCUCCCAUCAGAUCCAUCUGACGGAUCUGAGACAAGCAGCUGAAAUGAUGAAUGAUCAUGAUUGGUCUGGUCCAGAAUUUGGGCACUUUUAGCUCACUCUCCCUAUCCC